GCGUUAUUUGGAUAAGAAGGUGUUGUAACAUUUAUCGCAUUCCUGGCUAAGUACCGGAUUUUUUUUCUCGAAAUUGACUUUUCACGUGAAUAAAACAUUUCAAACAUGUGGUAUCCCUCUGCAGUUACCAUGUGCUAAUGAGGCAAAAAUUUUGACUCGGUCUAGUCUAAACUCUCGUUAGCGUACAUCUAGGCUCGACAUUUUGGUUGCUCGCUUAAGGCAGGUUCGAUAGCCUGCUAACAGGCUCCCGGUGAGCCCGUCGCGCUCGCCGAAAUUUUUUUCCGUCCUCGCCGGGCCCCUGCCCCGAUCGCUUCGCUUUCCGAAUUCUUCUGUUUCGUACUCGCCGAAAUGUUUUUCUGUCCUCGCCGGGAGCCUGUUUGCAGGCUACAGGUUCGACUGUAUGUCUGUCGCGAGAGUGACAUAUAUAUCGGGAAAUGGAACCGGAUGUAUUGCUUGAUGGAUUCUAUUUCUAAUAAAACACUUCUGUUCAUAUAUCUGCUAUGGGUUGUCAUCGGGAAAGACCGAAGGAGCAAUUGAGCUGUAUUCGCCGGGCCCGUAUGAGUAAGCCCUGUUCGGUAAAGUGUCCCCGGGUACGAAAUGAUGGCAUGUCGAGGAAAAAGAAAUAACAAUAUUAAAUAAAAAUAUCCGCUAUACAGUUAACCCACAACUACAAGACAAGACAAUAAUAAAUUUGACUACUCCACAUUAUUUCAAUUUUUCCAUUUUGAAUCAUAUUUCAGGCCUUGAGAAAAAAUAUUUCCAUCUUAAGUAAUGUCCAGUCGAAUCGAGACUAGUUUCAUGUAAUGCAAAAGUGUAACCACACGCAGAGUAUUCUGAUAGUUGGUAAUAGAUUUACAACCGCCACACGUGGUGCACAUGUACGAAACCGACUCGUCCUGGCAACAAGUAAUAUAUUCUACACAUUCUUCGCCACAUUUCGUCAUGCGUCCAACUGCUCAACUUUGUGUGAAGGCACCUGCCAAAUGUUUCUGGAGAGUCGGCUUCAAAGUCCGCUUUGUUCCAUUUAAGGAGGACCGGUCAACAGUAACUCGUACCUGCAUACUUAACCCGUACUAAUGCCAUGUAUUCACACUUCUCUUCUUCUCUUUGCUCUUUUAUUUCUUACUCUGAUCUUACUUACUAUUAAUCAUCACUUCCUCUUAGUCUAAGACGCACUGCGAUGUGAGCAAACUUGUUCCUGGAAGUUAAGUCCUCGUUUUGUCUUUGAAAAGUAUGUACUACGAUGCAAUUGCUUUCGAAAUAGAAAAUGUAACAGGUUGGAGUCUCAUGGAAGUCUUGGCGGCGGAAAUGAUGGAGAGUACUGAAACAUCGGUUGUGAUUGAGAGCACGAGGGGACCUGCAGAUGAGGACAUCAAAGACAAUCCAGAAGAAAUAUCUACGGAUGUUUCUACAGCAUCAACAAAAACCGAGACAACGUCAUCUACAGACGUUUCUGCAAAAUCACAAGAAAGAGAGAUACCAUCUACGGAAGUCUCUGCUACAGCAGAGGAAACGUGGAUGCCAAUUACGGAUGUAUCUACAACAUUAAGAGAACCGGAUAGAAUUUCAAUUGAGGUUUCUUCAGCAUCCGGAAAGCAUGAGAUGUCACCUGCUGUUGUUCCAGUAACGUCACCUGAUGUUUCUAAUGGAGCUAUUGAGAAAGCACCCGCGAUUGUUUCUACCGCUGUUUCUACGACAUCGGACGAGCCGCAAACACGAUCAACAUUUGUUCCAACAACUGCAUACGAGAUCGGGAUACCACCUUCUGACGCUUCUUCUACACCAUUGCACAAACUAGAGGAAGUAUCGACAUCUUUUCCCGCAACUAUACACGAAACAGAACUACCAUUCAUGGAUAUUUCUACGACAUCAGACGAGCCCGAGGUGCUAUCAACAUUUCUCACUACAACUGCACACGAGGCUGAGUCAGUACCUUCCGACGCUUCCUCUACAACGUCUCAAAAACUAGAGGAAGUAUCUCUACCUAAUCCGGCAACUAUAUACGAAACAGAGCUACCGUUUAUGGAUGUUUCUACAACAUCGACGGAACCCGAGACGCCGUCAACAUUUGUUCCCACAACUGUGUACGAGGCAGGGUUACCAGUUUCCGACGCGUCUUCUACCUCAUCAGAGGAAACGAGGAUGCCUAUUACAACAUCAAAAGAACCAGACACAAUUUCUAUCCAAGUUUCUAUAACACCAGGAAAGCAUGAGACAUCACCUAUUGUUGUCACAGCAACAUUACCGGAUGUUUCCACAAGAGUUGUCCAGACAAAACCGUCUACUGUCCAGACGAAACAAUACGAAACAGUUGUACGGCCUCCUGUCUUCCCUACUGGUUCGACAAAGCCUUCUCCCACUGCUGCUUUUAAGACAGAACCCGUCAUUGAGGCUACUCGGUCGGAAUUAUUGACUGAGAGACCAAGUGAGGUUGGUGCUCAAGAGGGAGAUAAGUGCAGAACUGGCACGCAUGAUUGCUCCUCUAAUGGUAGAUGUAUACCGCUGGAUGAGUCCUAUGACUGCGAGUGUAACCAAGGGUUUGAAGGGGAUGGAAGAAUAUGUGCAGACAUCAGUGAAUGCGGGAAUGGCUUCAACGAUUGCCAUGCAAACGCGACUUGCCACAAUGUACCGGGGAGCUACUACUGUCAAUGUAAGGAGGGAUUUGUUGGAAACGGAAAACACUGUGAAGGUACAAAUUUCAUCAUACCUCAUACAACAUCAGCACUCUAGGAAAAGCACAAGGUGCAAUACUGCAUAGUUAAGUGAAAUGUAAGAAUGCAAGGAGGAUCUGACUGAUACAAUUUCUUGGUUACUUCUUGGUUUUCCCAUUUAUUGACAUAAAUAAGUGCUGGGUCAUUCAGAGGUAAGACUCAGCAAAGCGGCAUACAUUUUGAACAUAUAUUGCAGGGAUAAGAGUUAAAUUUAACAAUUAGGUAACGAGCUCGAGAUUUCUAGAGCGACUAAUCUAACUGUUUUAGUAUAAAUCUACUAGUCGUUC